AUUGUGGUUGUGUCUCAGGUGUGGGAUGAUGUGGUAAGGAAAGAGAAGCCUAAAGAGGAGGUGUUUGAGUAUAAGAAGAGACUCACUCUGGACCAUGAGAAGAGCAAACUGAGUCUUGCCGAAGUUUAUGAGCAAGAAUAUAUCAAACAGACACAGGAAAAGAAGGAAGAGGAAGAGAACCCAGCGCAUGUACAAAUCCAGAAACUCAUGGACACACUCUUCCUUAAACUGGAUGCGCUAUCAAACUUCCACUUUACACCAAAACCACAUAUUCCUGAGGUGAAAGUGGUUUCCAACUUGCCUUCUAUUACUAUGGAGGAAGUGGCUCCAGUCAAUGCCAGUGACGCCACACUGCUGGCUCCAGAGGAGAUUAAGGAGAAGAAUAAGGCAGGAGACGUACUCGGAGACACAGAAAAAACCACUACAGAUAAGAAACGAGAGAGACGGAAGAAGAAGAAACUGAAGCAUCUGAAGAUUAAAGAGCGGGAGAAGAGACAGAAACUCAAAGAGGAGAUGAAAGGAGACAAGAAUAAGAAGAAGAGUAAAACUGAGGUUGAACAGACUCUCAAGAAACUUACUAAAGGAGGAAAAGCCAAAAUACUCACGAAUGAUGGCAUGGAUAAGGCUCUGCGUUCCUCUCAAGCCUUCUUCUCCCAAUUACAAGACCAAGUCAAAAGCCAAAUCAAGGGCUCGAAGGACCAGACGACAAAGAAAAAGAAACAAAAAGAGAUUUCUGUAAACAAGCUUAAGUUGUAAUGUUGACUUGUGUCAAAAGCAGUAUGUACAGUUAUUAGUUUUAUGAGAAAUCUAAUUGUUGUAUCCGGUCAUUUUUAUUCAAAUACAGAU